AUGGUGGCCUCUAAGAACGGGUCGCUGGCCAGCACGCUGCUGCUGGUCGUCGCCAACCUCUUGAUACCCAUGUCCGUUAUAGUCUUUGCCACUGGAUUCUUCCCCUACAAGCCAUUCAUUCCUGGCCUCGCCGAGUAUGAGUCUCUAGAGUAUGGGCCACCGCCCAAGCCUCCGUUCGACAAGAUGGUCUUCAUGGUCGUGGACGCGCUGCGAAGCGAUUUCGUGUAUGCGGAGGAUUCUGGAUUUCAGUUCACACAGAGUCUCAUACGAGACGGCGCUGCCAUUCCCUUUACCGCCAAUGCCCGGUCUCCAACAGUGACGAUGCCGCGCAUCAAGUCCAUCACCACCGGUUCCAUCCCGUCAUUCGUUGAUCUUAUCCUAAACAUCGACGAGGGGGACACGUCCUCCUCGCUCGCCGCUCAGGACACUUGGCUAGCGCAGCUCAAGGCCGCCGGAAUGGGGAAGCUGCUCAUGUACGGAGACGACACAUGGCUGAAGCUGUUCCCCGAUACGUUCGAUCGCCACGAUGGAACGUCGAGUUUCUUUGUAGCGGACUUUACCGAAGUCGACAACAAUGUUACGAGGAAUAUCGCCGGUGAGCUAGCAAACAAAGACUGGGGGCUCAUGGUCCUCCACUACCUUGGGCUGGACCACAUCGGCCACAAGUCGGGACCCAGAAGCUCCAACAUGGUUCCGAAGCAGCGCGAGAUGGACGGCAUCGUUCAGACUCUCUACGAAGCCAUCGAGUCCAAGGACCACCUCAAGUCCACCCUCCUCGUGGUUUGUGGCGACCACGGCAUGAAUGACGCUGGCAAUCACGGCGCAUCGUCCCCAGGCGAAACAUCGCCCGCCCUGGUCUUCCUGUCCCCCAAGUUCAGGGGCAUCGCCAAACAAGUACAAGCCCCUGCAAAGCCCAAGGAUGAGUUUGACUACUACACCAUGGUCGAGCAGUCCGACAUUGCGCCAACAAUCGCGGCACUCCUUGGCUUCCCCAUCUCAAAGAACAAUCUGGGCGCCGUUAUACCAGACUUCUUGCCCUUCUGGCCCAGUGCCAGCGACAAGGUACAGAUCCUCAUCCGCAACGCCCGCCAGAUCCUCGGCAUCGUCACGGCCGCAUUCGGAGAGACUCUGUUCACGGGCGACGCCGCCUCUGGUUCCCGCGACCCAUGCGCGCUGGAAGCCACAGACAUCAACGAACUGGCAUGUGAGUGGCAAAGGAUAUCCCGGCAGGCUCCGGCCAUGGCAGCUUCCGCGGCGGUCGAGGAAGACUGGCUGGCGGCCACCUCGUCGUGGCUGCGCAAGGCCCAGGACCUGAUGAGUAGCAUGGCCUCCAACUACGACAUGUCAAGGCUGUUCGCCGGCCAGGGUCUCGCCAUUAUCGCCACUGUCGCGAGUGUCAUGGCAGCCUACCUGCAUGGCGCCCACCAGAGCGGCAUUGCGGUGCCACUGGUUCUAAUGACCGUAUCAUACGGCAUCAUGAUGUUCGCGUCCAGCUACGUCGAAGAAGAACAGCACUUCUGGUACUGGGCGUCGACGAUCUGGCUGGCCUGGCUCGGCGCCCGAGCCAUCAAAAGAUCUGGACGACUGCCCACCAUUGCUUGGGCCCUCACAGCGCUGACCAUGCUACGACUGAUCCGCAGCUGGAACCAGACAGGGCAAAAGUUCGCCGGCGAACCCGACACCGUCAAGCUCCUUCUCGCGCCCAACCCGCAGCUGCUCUGGACGCUCAUCUGCCUCGCCUACGUGCUGGCCGCCUUCCAGACCCUGCCCAACCUGAGCGCCCUCCCUUUUAUUCUCGCCACGUCCGCGACAUCGGUCCUAGUCUCCGCCGUGUUUGCCUUUAAGCUGGCUUUCACGGCCGAGGAUGCCCCCGAGCUGGUCACCGGCUUCGCCAAGACCCUCAACGGGCGCUUCGAGGGCCAGUCUCUGCUGUCGAGGGCUCGCAUGGUCUUUGCCGUCAUCUCGCUGCUGGCCGUCUUCGCCGUCUACCAGAGCAGCAAGGGCGGGUGCCAUGCCCAGUCUUCAGCCCGUCUCCUUCACCACCUCUACACGCUGCUCGCCAUGACCCAGUCCCGCGCCACCAACAUCCCGCUCCUCCUUCUCUUCACGGUGCUUUUCCAGUGCCUUGCCUCCCUCGACCUCAGCGUCGUCGAGAUCACCACCUCGUCGCUGCUCCUCCAGUACGCCUCCUUCUUCGCCGCGGGCGGCUCCAACGCCAUCUCCUCGGUCGACCUCUCGAGCGCCUACAACGGCGUCGGCGGCUUCAAUGUCGUCGCCGUCGGCGUCCUCACCUUUGUGAGCAACUGGGCCGGGCCCAUCUUCUGGACCUCGGCCACCAAUCUCCUGCUGCUGCAGAAGCGCAGCCGGGGCGGUGACGCCGGGGGCGACGUCCUGCGCCGCCACCUCAUCCUCCUGACGGCCUUUACCACGGCGAGCGUCGCCUUCGUCAUGGCGGCGUGCACUGCGCUGAGGACGCACCUGUUCAUCUGGACCGUCUUUUCGCCAAAAUACCUCUACAGCAUGGCGUGGAGCCUCGGUCAGCACUUGGUUAUCAAUGUAGUGUACGGCAGCCUUCUGUUCUGGGUUGGAGCGCGACAAUGA